CAAGGGAUGAUAAUCUUGAUAAAUGGAUAUUUGUAACAUGAGGAUAAAGGACACCGGUUUUCUAAUGUUACGAAUAUCAGGUUUCAUUAAACUGUGCUCGAUCAAUAUGUGUCAUCGAUAAAUUCCCUUUUGAUGAAAAAGAUGAAAGCGGAUAGUUGCUCAAUCUUGUACACGCGUGUUUCAGGUACAUUAACAACUAUCGAACAAGCGUCAAAACACUUUUUCUUCUGCUACAAAAAUAAAAAAUUUAAAAAAAUUUUUGAGAAUACGCGCGGCGUAUUCGAAUAUCCUUCGUUCCGGCAGGACCCUCGUCGCGCAUGCGUACGCUAACCGCAAACUCCUACACGCAUACAGCAUCGUCUGCUGAAGAUGUAAAGUACGAAGUACGAGCGUAGAGUCGCCGCGAAUUUGUCGGCCGUCUCAGUCGCGUUCGGCGCGUCGUACGAGCAAGUGUGUUUUCGUUCGUUUUCACUCCGCUCCCUCCGUAAUCCUCAGUUUUUUAAUUUUCUUUCUCAGUCCAACCCCUCAACCCCAAUCCUUCUCGUCGAAACUUUGUCCCGCGAUCUUUCUAUAGUAAUCGGACGAGACGGCAGUCCGUAAAACAGCAUAAUCGAAAGGACAAUCGAAAAUGUAUCACAUUUGAAAAACGGACAUAAGGAUAUUCUAGUCGAAGACGGAACAAUUCACGGUAUUGUGGCUGCUGUUCGCGAUGAUAGUCGUCGGGAAUAUCGCGGUGCUAAUUGGCCUCCUGUGGGGGAAACGGCGUAAGACGCGGAUGGAUUUUUUUAUCAAACAGCUAGCGUUUGCGGAUUUAUUGGUGGGCUUGAUAUCCGUGUUAACGGAUAUAGUUUGGAGAACAACGGUGACCUGGCAUGCAGGCAACGUUGGCUGCAAAUUGAUAAGAUUCAUGCAGGCCGUCGUUACAUACAGUUCCACGUACGUACUUGUCGCGUUGUCCAUCGACAGAUACGAUGCCAUCACCAGACCAAUGAAUUUCAGUGGCAGGUGGUGGAGAGCCAGGGCUCUGGUGGUGGCUGCCUGGGGCUUAUCAACAUUGUUUAGCGUUCCGAUCAUUUUCCUGUACGAGGAGAAACGCAUACAGGGGAGGACACAAUGCUGGAUAGACCUGGGCUCUCCUGUUCAGUGGAGGAUCUACAUGAGCCUGGUCAGCUUUACACUUUUCAUAGCCCCCACUCUGAUAAUAGGAGGUUGUUAUGCUGUGAUCGUAGCAACUAUAUGGUCGCAAGGAGGGGCAUUACGCCAGGGACCUACUAGGGACACUAGAAGAGCGUCGUCUCGAGGACUCAUUCCCAGAGCCAAAGUUAAGACGGUUAAAAUGACCCUCGUUAUAGUGUUCGUAUUCAUUCUUUGUUGGAGCCCGUACAUAGUGUUCGAUCUGCUGCAAGUAUACGGAUACGUGCCAGAAACCCAGACAAACAUUGCCGUGGCCACUUUCAUUCAAAGCUUAACACCUCUGAAUUCAGCUGCGAAUCCGAUUAUAUACUGUCUCUUCAGCACGUCAUUUUGUAAAACCGUACGGAACAUGCAGGCGAUAUCAUGGGUUUCUGGAUGGUGUGCAACAAAUCCCCAUCAUUGUUUCGGUACUGGUGCUCCGAACAGCAGUACCAGAACAACAGUGACGACAUCGUUGACAGCACAGUCUUCGAGAAGAAGCGGUCACAUCGCGAUGCUGCACUCUACCACCAGAAAACGAGUUAUGGUGUCGCUGGUGUAAGAAACGAACGAUAGAAACCGCAUCUAUUAGAUGUUCGUAGAGAACUCUGUCUAAUGGUUCCUUUUGAGCUUCGGCAAAGAGACCGCAAGUAUUACGAGUCUUCGAAACUUAGGUUGAACAUUUCGUCUACGUUUCUUCUAAACGUGAAUCUCUGAAAAGUACUGUAGCGAUUUCCUAUUCUUCUCUUCGUGUCUUUGUACUUUCUGGAGGAUUCGAGGAAACGUGAAAAGAAACUGAGACUCUGUUUUCGUAAUACAAAGUACAAGCUACCCACUAAUGAAUAUUAGAAGCAUAGUUUAAGAGGCCGGGAGCGGAGAGAUGCGAUAUAAUAAAAUAAGUUUUACAUGAUCAGUAUUUUAGAUGAGAUCGCGCGCACACGGUUUACGUUUUUUUCAUCCUCUAAUUGAAAUGAAAUUAUUUAAUGAAAUUAUUUAAUGAAAUUGAUGUGUGUAUGUGUGUGUGUGUGUGUGUGUCAAAGGUCACAAGUGGUUUAAUCCUUAAGUGAACCAUCGGAAUCUCAAUUUAAUUUCAAACUAAUAAUUACAUCUUACGUUGAUGUCGUUACUUGGCGAUUUACGCAACCCUUUGUUUUCCUAUGUAAAGAAAAUUUAUUUCUGUUUAUCAAAAUUCAGCGCAAGUUGAACAUAAACUGCAACUAUCAAAUUCGUUACGGUAGAAAUUUAUUAACGACGCCGAACAAAGGCCGCAAACGAUAUUCAAUUUUAAAAUGAAUCAAGAACGUCAUUUCGUUAAUGAAGUCGUUCGCAUCACGAGUAUUCGCCAAGCAUCAGGAGGAUGAAAGGAACAUUAACCUGGCAAUCGAUCAACUUACGUGGAAAAUGAUACGCUCAAAGUAUACAUGUACAUAUAUACAUAGUGUGAAUGAAUGGUAGCUUCGUGUAUUUUAUAUAUGCAUGCUUAUACACGCGCGCGCGCACACACACACUCUUACGUAUGCACACAGAUCAGAUAUAUAUAUAUAUACACAUACGAACGCGUACGUACGAACAUAAAUGUGUAAUAUAUUCAUAAAUUCAACCGUUCGUGAUCGUCGCGAAAACGCCUGGUUCUUGAAGUGGGCAAUUUCGUUAGCAUUCUACCGGAACGAUAAAUCGAUAUCAGUAACAAAAUAUCUCGUAUCGAUUUAUGUAUCCACGAACGAUGUAAUAAUUGUACAGCAAAUUGGUCUUUGUAUCUUCGAGUUAUCUAUCACUUGGAUGCUUUGUCAAACAAACAAAACGAAUCUCCUGCGAUGUGAAAACAGCUUCGUUCAUGCAAAAGAAAUAUAUAACCGUCCAUAAAUCGGAACGGAAUGAAUUAAUCGGUGGUUAUAACUUUUAUACUAUAUUACCUAUCAUCUCUUGUAACGCAGUUAGGUGUUAUAAAAACCGCUACGUUUAUAUAACCAACCUGUAUUUGUAACUCGUCUAUACGUUAUUUAUCGUACUCAGACGCAAAAAGAGGAAAUAAGUUGCGAUAUUUUCACUGCUGAUGAAAUUUGUACAUAUUGUUCAUAAUGUGCAGGGUAUAUCUACGUCUAAUCACUUCUUUCGCUUCUCAAUUUCUGUACAGUUUCUGGCUAUCGGAAUAGGAAAAUAUAAGAUACAGAAAACUUUUUUUUUCUAAUUACCAUAUGUUAUACUACGUCAAGUAAAUAAUAAAUUGUUCUUGGUUGUC